CCGCCGACCCCGGGCGGGCGCCGGGGCUGGAGCCGGGGUUCCGGCCGCGAUCCGCUGCAGCUCCGCGGGGAGACGGUGCGACCCGGCGGCUGGGCCACCCGCGAGUCCAGUGCCCCCGCAGCCCCCCAAUGCAGCCGCGAGAAGCAGCGGGGGGGCAGGCGAUCGAAGCUGCUAGAAGCAUCCUCUCCUCGAAGACCAGCGUUCUUGCGGUAAUGGAGGCUUCUUGAUCCUUUCCGUGACUGGAGCAAUGCUGACCUUGGUUUCCUGGACCCAUUCCGACUCAGGAGCCUUCACGUAAAUGGGUCCAGUCAUGCCUCCCAGUAAGAAGCCAGAAAGCUCAGGAAUUAGUGUCUCCAGCGGGCUGAGUCAGUGUUACCGGGGCAGCGGUUUCUCCAAGGCCCUUCAGGAAGACGAUGACCUCGAUUUUUCUCUGCCUGACAUCCGAUUAGAAGAGGGGGCCAUGGAAGAUGAAGAGCUGACCAACCUGAACUGGCUGCAUGAGAGCAAGAACUUGCUGAAGAGCUUUGGGGAGUCGGUCCUCAGGAGCGUCAGCCCCGUCCAGGACCUGGACGAUGACACGCCCCCGUCCCCCGCCCACUCGGACAUGCCCUACGAUGCCAGGCAGAACCCUAACUGCAAACCCCCUUAUUCGUUUAGCUGCCUCAUAUUUAUGGCCAUCGAGGAUUCUCCAACCAAGCGUCUGCCGGUAAAGGAUAUCUACAACUGGAUCUUGGAACAUUUUCCGUAUUUUGCAAAUGCACCUACUGGGUGGAAAAAUUCAGUGAGACAUAACUUGUCAUUGAAUAAGUGUUUCAAGAAAGUGGACAAGGAGAGGAGUCAGAGUAUUGGGAAAGGGUCCUUGUGGUGCAUAGACCCAGAGUAUAGACAAAAUCUAAUUCAGGCUUUGAAAAAGACACCUUAUCACCCAUACCCACACGUGUUCAAUACACCUCCCGCCUCUCCUCAGGCAUAUCAAAGCACAUCAGGUCCACCCAUCUGGCCAGGCAGUACCUUCUUCAAGAGAAAUGGAGCCCUUCUGCAAGAUCCUGACAUUGAUGCUGCCAGUGCCAUGAUGCUUUUGAAUACUCCCCCUGAGAUACAAGCAGGUUUUCCUCCAGGAGUGAUACAAAAUGGAACGCGGGUUCUGAGCCGAGGGCUGUUUACUGGAGUCCGGCCAUUGCCAAUCACUCCCAUUGGAAUGACGGCCACCGUGAGGAACGGCCUCCCCGGCUGCCGGAUGCGGACUGAGAGCGAGCCGUCCUGCGGCUCCCCGGUGGUCAGCGGGGACCCCAAGGAGGAUCACAACUACAGCAGUGCCAAGGCCUCCAGCGCCCGGAGCGCCUCGCCCGCCAGCGACUCCGUCUCCUCCUCCUCAGCCGACGACCACUACGAGUUUGCCACCAAGGGGGGCCAGGAGGGCAGCGAGGGCAGCUUCCAGAGCCACGAGAGCCACAGUGAAACGGAGGACGACGACAGGAAACACAGCCCGAAGGAGGCCAAGGAUACUCUGGGGGACAGCGGCUACGCGGCCCAGCACAAGAAGCGCCAGCACUUCGCCAAGGCAAGGAAGGUCCCCAGCGACACGCUGCCCCUCAAAAAGAGACGCACGGAAAAGCCCCCCGAGAGCGAUGACGAGGAGAUGAAAGAGGCGGCCGGGUCGCUCCUGCACUUGGCGGGGAUUCGGUCCUGUUUGAAUAACAUCACCAAUCGGACGGCAAAGGGGCAGAAAGAGCAAAAGGAAACCACAAAAAAUUAAAAACAAGUCACUGAUUUGUUUUGAACUUACGGCCAUUUGGUUUCAGCAUGUCAGGAGAUUUCUAAUGAUUUGUGGCAAUAUCAGCAAUUUAUUAUUAUUUUUUUUCUUUCUUUUUUUUUUUGGUUUGGUUUUCUUUUUCUUUCUUUCUUUUUUUUUUUAAUUUACCCCCCUUCUUUGUUUUGGGCCCUUAAGAAUUUUAUUUUUAAAGGAGAUUGAAGCCAUAGAACUCAUAUUGACACUCAGCUGUUUUACAAAAGCUUUUCAUUAUCUGAAGACAAAACCGAAAAAGCCAAAAUGACCAUUGCUUCCUCCAGCUUGUCAGAAACACGUGGCUGAAUCCACAGGGAUGGAAAGGAUAAUGCCACGGGGACACCCAUAUGCAGCGCCUAGAAGGCACGUGUGCAAAGUAAAGUAAUCAUCCAUGAGGCCCAACCCUUAGGUUUAAAAGGUCAGGAUGUCCACCCAGUUGGGUUCACUGCGUGAAGGUGCGUGAUGCAGUUGGGGGAAAGGAAGACAUCCAUUCCCCUAGGAGCAGUCUCAGGCUCGUGGCACCAGGCUGCAAAUUGGGCCAGGAAAACCCUUGGUGUUGCCACACAGAGUGCAAGAGGGUCGGUCACCAGUCCUCCGUGCUUCUUAAUCGUGAAGCCUCCUAACAUCUUAUGAGGUGGACGCUAGACGGUGUAUAUACACCAGCUGUCAAGGACUAAUGAGAAGAAAUGGGGUCAGUUUUUAGGGAUGUUUCUAAUCAUUGAAUUCUGUUCUGUUGGGUUGUCGGAAAAGUCAUGACGCAUUUUUGCAACGAAAAACAGAAAAAAAUACAUCAUGACUUUUCUGACAACCCAAUAUAUUAAGAGAAUGCUCCACAAGCCAUAAGCCUGAAGGUUGGCCCUGCACACAUACACGCAUACACACACAUACACAUGAGAGAGAGAGAGAGAGAAGAUAAAACAUGCAGAAAACAAGCUAUGCCUUCUUAACUGCCCAACUGAAAAUCAAGUCCAAGAAAUGACAGUAGCUGUUUAAGGAAGGAAAUAAUGGUACAUAUCUUUUUCUGUCUGUCAAAACUAUUUGAUCUAAGUGAAAACAAACAAGCAAAAAGCUACGGAACCUGCCAUUAGUAUUGUGGUGUAUUUGAAAAAGAUGAAAGGCACAUUGAUGGGCAAAAAAAAAAAAAAGAAAAAGAAAAAAUACUCCUAUACUGCCCUCCAAAUGGGAGUUUGCAAGUAAUGUCAAUCAGGAUUCAUCUUUGCAAAAAUCAGUGAUUUCCACAUUCAGCCAGUGUAGCCAGCAGAAAUUUCUGAUCCACAAUGCAUGGAUUCCUUCGAAAAAAAGAAAAAAAAGAAAAAAAAAAUCACAAAAACAAACCUUUUUUAAUUCAAAAAUAACAAAGUUCUUGUAAGGUAAAUAAUGUAUUUAGCAUGAAGCAUGAAUUAUUUUCAUAUAAAUAUAGAAAAUAGAGAAAAGGCUAUGCCUCUAAUUUUUAAGCCCUUAGGCUUAGAGGUUCUUUUGGUUUUCUUCUUUUUUCUUUUUUUUUUUUCCUUUAAUUUUUUUGUUUGUUUUGUUUUUCCCAAUUAUUUUGUUUUGGUUUUUUUGAAGCAGGUGUUUAAGGUUUAACCUUCUUCAGGGACAAAUUCUGACUGUUGGGGAACUUCCUCUGCAAUAUAAAAAUAUCUUCACGUUCCGGUAGGGCCUGGAUGGUGGAGCUCUGUGCUGCCUUGUCUGCUCUUCAUCCCCGACCCCCUCUGAUUCUCUGUUGAAAAGUGUGUCCUUUCUCUCUGUCUGUACAUGUUUAUCAUGACGCAAUAAUUUGAGGGCAAACUUAGUAGUGAGUGUGUAUGAUUAGAAUCAAGAGAAUUACGGGACGCUGACUUGAGAAAACCAUUACUGCGAUUUGGCUCUAGGAAAAAGGCAGUGAAUAAUUAUGCAAAUUUGCCAGGAGAAGGGGAAACACACUAAUGGGCCUUAUUGGAUGAGGGUGUGAGUUAGGGUACACGUGAAGGAGGAAGGGACACGGGUGUUGGAAGGACCAGCCCCCACAGUUUUCCUGUGACGCCAUCUCACGGUGGGACGGAGGGGCCAGCCAUCUCUACCACCUCAGCACAUGAACCAACCUGGAAUUAAGCCCACCUAGACUGUGAGAGCUGAAUUGAGACAACAGGAUGAUGUCACGCAGACCAGAAAUUCCUGUUAUCUUUGCCUAAAAGAAAUUAUUUGGGGAGAUCAAAAGAAAUCUCUAGAAGAAUAUGAUCUUCCACUCAAAUGGAGGGAAACUAUAAAACAAAAACACCCACUACCAUAGCUCAGGAUAUGAUGGUGAGGGAGAGGGAUGGAAUUGGGGUGAUCUCAAUCUUUUAAAAGGGGAGCGUGGGCCCGUGUGGAGCCCAUCCUCCAGCACCAGGCGCUGUCAGAACCUCCAUCUGCCAGGACAGUGGAAAAUCACUGGUGCGCGCCCCAUGUUUAUCUUCCUCUGGGAUGCUGAUGAGACACCCUGGAAAAAAAAUCAACACCUAUAUAACAGGUCACCUUUGUUACCUGAACCUGAGCUCUUCCAGCAUAUUUGUUCAGGGUACAGAUGGGGAUAAGGAUGUAUUUUUGAAGCACUAUGUUCCCUGCAUCUCGCACCUGACACCCCCAAAAGCCAUCCACAGCUGUGGAACCUGAGCGACACUUUGUGUUGUCACCUGACCAAGCCCAGGAGACCCCCCACCCUCACCCCACUCCCAAGAUAAAAUUCAGACUUCCCUCCUGAAAGGCAGAGUAAACAUUCAGGACCGUUUCUGGCAGGGGACUUCCAGUUAAACCCCCCCCACAGUGGGCUGUCUCCCCUCAUUUCAUUUUUCUAAAGGAGCAAAGACCUUUAGAAAAUAAUAAAAUGCAAUGUGUGUGAUUUACUUUUCUGAUCUCUUUGAGAAAUAGAUAACUAUCUUAUAAAAGUGUGUUCUUAACUCCGGAACCACUCUUUUUGCAUAAAUACCUCAUCGGGCAGCUUUCUAAGGGUUAUUUUCCUGAGUCUCCCGUGGCCCCUUCAUAGGAGCCGCUGGGAGACUUCCGGGGGAAACUUUAGUGAGGGUACUUUUUUCUAUUUUUCUUCUGUUUUUGGAGGCAUACACAUUAUGCAUAACCAAAACAAUGGCUCAAUUGUGUUUAACUUUGUAUUUUGAUUGUUGAGGAAAACAAAAAAAGUAUCGAUGUGUAUGUGGCCGUUUGUAGUGAAUUCAUUGCAGAAUGAGGUUGUCCGUGUCCCCACCAAGCCAAGGGGCAAGAGGCACCCUCUCUCACCCCCUCCUCCAAGAGCAGUAGAGAAUUUUAAGCACAAGCCUAUGUGUGAAAGCGUAUUUUGCUCAAGUGUAAUUUCACUUUAGUCUUGGAAUUCCUUCCCAAACGUCAGGUGUUCUUUUAGCUUCCAAACUAGCAUAUGUAUUCAUUAGUCGGACAGAUCGCCCGAGCACCAUUCAAGGGGUGUGGUGGUUUUGCUUUCAUUUCUCCUGCUGGGAGAAUUGGCGUUUCCUGUGUCAUUCCAGUAUCUCACGUACUCACAUGGGGCAGGGUGGGAGGGGGAAAUGGGGAACUAUAGCAAUAUUUAAAGAUGCUUUGGAAAACAGCCGUGAACACUUCAGCACCAUAACAUCCACAGUUCCUUGCUGUUGGCCCUUGGACACAUUUAAGAGAAAGAGACUGGCUCUUUUUUCUUAAAUGAUAUACACAUAGACAGUUAUUUUUAAUGCUACUACCGUUGUCUUUUUAUCUUUAGUACUACGUGGAAAGGGUUUGUUUGCAUCAUAGAUUUUUUCCCAGCCUUAUAAUAUACCAUAAGCUCCUACUCUCCCCCCCCCCCCCAAUCCAUAUACUUUCAAGAGUUCUUUGGUAAAGCUAUUUGAAGUGAAAAAGAAACCCAACCCGCAUUCAGGUGGUGGUUGGAGACAACCAUGGCCAAGACAGCUGUGGCAAGUUUCAGUCUUUGGGGCUGAGUUUUUAAGAAGGAAUGUGUUGGAGGCCUUUUCCAAGAACUGAUUUUUGUUUUUUGUAGAGGCAUUCAGCGUGUCUGGCCCUUGCUGGGCAUGGCAGUUAUUACCAUGGGGGGGGGGGGUGGGGGGGAGUUCUGGACGAGGCCAUAGUGCUGCAUGGUGUUUCUGCCUGAGGAUUAAGUUCAGCCUGUGGGCUUUGUAGAGUGAAAACCACCCGGAUGGCUUUUGUGCCCAGCUCAGUCCUGGGACACUCCGGGACUGCUCGGUGCCAAGUGCUGUGUCCCGCACACAAGCGUGGGCUCUUAGCCUCUCAUUGAAGGGCUCUUGGAGAAGGAGUCAGAGUUAUGUACAAGUGACCUACUUGGGAGGGUUUUCCAUAUGGGACUGGAUUCAAUUCAAUGUGACUUCUCUUUCCCUUUAAACUUGAUUCAGGUUGGGAGUUCUUUCUUUCCGGUGGAUCACAGCUGCCCAGAUGUUGCAAUUUUAUUUUUAUGUUUCUGUAGAGAAGUAUUUUUCUUUCAUCUUCAGGAUUUUUGCCACCAAAAGAAUACAUUUGAACUCUGUGUCCCCUCCUAAUUGUGACUUAACCAGUGUUGACAGUUAAAUCCUUAGUGUCGUAGGUCCCGGCCCUCCAAUACUAUAUCAAACACUGUUAUGCACAUAAUGCAGCACUGUGAUCUAAUUUAAAUAAUACUUUUUUAUUAUUUAUACUACUAUAUAUAAUAUACAUCAACACUUUUGCUAUAUAACCUAAGUGGAUAACCCUCUUUUAGUUACCUGCCAAACGGGGACUUUGGUUUAUAUUGCAGUUAACACAGUUACAAAGUUGUAAUGGUGUCUUUUUUUUUCUUUUCUUUGUAACGGAAUGUGUAAAUCAAAGUAUAUACAUUGUAUGGUGUUCCUGUUUCUGGAGUUUUCACGAGAAUUUACACAUGGCAUUCAGUGUUCUGUAUAGACCCGCCUACCUUUGUGAAUUCAUCUGUUAAUCCCUCUUCCUUCGAGAGAGUACCUGCGAUGGUGGUUAACUCCUUGUUUUCUCUCUCUCCUACUGGUCAUUCUUGAAUUAAGCACAGACUUGUCAGCUCGGUUGCUUUAUCAUGAAUAAUGCGUGUGACCUUGCCAUAGCUUCACUGACCAAAAACUAAGGAAGAAAAAUACGAUUUUAAAAAUAAUCCAUCUUUCAAUGGCAGAAACCGAUGUGUCUAUGGUGCUGUAUCCUACUGUCUGUCAUACUUUUGAAAUCAGACCUAGGUGAAAGAUCACUUCAGACUUACUGUGAUAUGCUCACAAGUACCCUUCCUUUUUGUUUUGUUAGCGUUGAAAUCAAGACUAUUUAUUUGGAAUACAUACGACAGUGUUUUCCACUGUAUUUCAUUUGCAAAAGUUGAGAACAACCUUCUCUACCUUUUGCAAAUAAUUAAUAUUCCAUCUUGGAUUCUCAAAGUCUUCGAUAUGGUGAACCUGUCAAACUAGAAAUUGUAUUUCAUCCUUUCAUCACUGUGGCCUGAGUUCCUCACCCCACCCCACCCCUUUUUUUUUUCUGAUAAAACGUAGCACAGUUUCAGUUAUUUAAACAUUAAGCUUUUCCUGAGUAUGUAUGUUGAGGCCAUCGGAGCUCAUACCUGAUUCAGUAACCAGUUUCAUGCUGUGUCAUUCACACUCACUACUUCUACUGCCAUGGUGAAAAUGUGGAGAAAAAAAGUAUUUGUGUGUGUCUGGGAAGCAUUAUACACUUGUACAUUUUUUUAUACUCUGAUUCUGUAACAUUUCUGAGUUUUGUUUUUGUUUUACAGAAAAAAAAAAUCUAUAACAAUGAUAAAGCAAUCAGAAGACCAAGAGGUUUACUGUUGAUGCUUAGGGUCAUCUGACCUUUGCUGGCCAAUAGACCUACAUGGCCAAAUUAAUUUACUAAAGUAAUAAUUUUUCAAAAGCCAAUUUUUUUUUCUGUACUUUCUGUAUGAAACUGCCAAUAUCAUGAAUAGAAAGACAGAACCAUAGAGGAGAAAGAAAGUGAUGUUCAGUUGCGUUUGUGUUACCUGAGGGAGCCGUGUGGAGGCGGGGGCAACCGGCCGAACUUUAGGGACCUGAUAGCGUUGCUUUGGAGGUGUCCAUACCUGCAUUUCGCAUCCUUCAUAUGUAAUCAUAUUGCCAAAGACAAACUAUUUCAUCAUUUAUUGUAAAUAACACUUUCCCCCAGACCUACCAUAAAGUUUCUGUGAUGUAUUGUCUUCCAGUUGCAAUAAAAAUUACUGAGUUGCAUCAAUUGAA